AUGGGCCUCGAAGACAGACGAUUGAAGAACAUGUCUUUGCCAAUUUGCCUCGAAGUCUUGGUCAAGCUCAAUCAAUCGAUGAUCCAAGAGGAUUUGGAUGGGAAGGAACCCACUUCCUGGGGAUCCACAUACCUUCAGGGUGGGAUGGGACAUGGACGCCACGACUCACGGCCGGGAGCUGUCGACUCCCCGCGGGGAGCCGCGCAGCUCGAGCUGUCGACUCCUGAAGCGACGAAGGGCCGACGGCGACGACGGGGGCAAAGCCUGCAGUCGACGCGUCGAGCUUUACUGGGAGGCAGAGGCUUUGCUGCGCCGCCCACCUUUCUGGUGAGCUCAACCAAGGACCGUGCCUCCCCUCCCAAGCAACACACAGACCUCUACGCUGCCGCCCUGCGCAAGAAGCGCAUCCACUGUACAUAUCUUCGGCGGAACUUCGGCCCACACGGAUUUGGGAUGUCAGGUGGCUGGACACAGGAAUGCCUUGCCUGGCUUCACCAACAAGGCUUUGGGCCCGACGCAAUGCAGUGA